AUGUCGUUCUUCGAAAACUUAUUCGGUCAUCAUGAGGCUCAAAAUGCCCAUCGACAAAUGUAUGAAGACUACUCGAAUGAUUAUGAUCAACGAGAACAUAAAGGAUCGUUUACACACGAAAUGAUUGCAGCUGCUGCUGGUUUUGAAGCAUUAAAAGCAUAUGAAGAUCGUUGUCGUCGUUCAGGUGAACAGAUUAGUCAUCCGAUGAUGAAAGAAAUACUUGCUGGAUUUGCUGCUGCCGAAGUUGAUAAACUUUUCGAGACAAAAGGUAUCGAUUACUUAGAUCGCGAAAGGGCCAAGAGAAUGGCUACUGAACAAGCUUAUAAAUUGGCUAAUGAUAAAUAUGGAUCAGGACAAGUUUAUCAAGGUGAUGAUUUCAAUAAUUAUCAACAACAAAAUUACAAUCAAGGUGGAUGGCAGAAUGAUGGUCAAGGUCAAGGAAGAUGGCAGAAUGAUUUCAAUCAAGAUUAUGGAGGUAGUAAUAGUGAUUAUCAAGAUAAUGGAAGAAAUAAUUAUGGAAAUCAGGGUCAACAACAAUGGGGAAGAGAAGAUGAUGAACCCAGACCCGAACAUCAUCAUCAUCAUCAUCAUCGACGAGAAGAAUACGAUUAA